CGCGGGCCGCGGCGACAUUGUGCGGGCUGGGCGGCCGGGCCGCGGCGCGAUGGGCCCGGGGCAGCCGCCGCGGUAGCUCGGCCGGAGCGGCGCCGGGAGCAGGCGGGCGGCGGGCGCGGAGGCGGCGGCGCGGCCGGAGAUGCGCCCCGAAGAGGGCGGCGCGGCGGCGCUGGGCGAGCUGCGCUCGUGGUGGGAAGUGCCGGCCAUCGCUCACUUCUGCUCGCUCUUCCGCACGGCGUUCCGCCUGCCGGACUUCGAGAUCGAGGAGUUAGAAGCAGCUCUUCACAGAGAUGAUGUGGAGUUUAUCAGUGACCUGAUCGCCUGCCUGCUUCAGGGCUGCUAUCAGCGAAGAGACAUUACGCCUCAGACAUUCCACAGCUACCUGGAGGACAUCAUCAACUACCGCUGGGAGCUGGAGGAAGAGCCCAACCCGCUGAGGGAAGCCCGUUUCCAAGACCUGCCUCUGCGCACCCGCGUGGAGAUCCUUCACCGCCUCUGUGAUUACCGGUUGGAUGCUGAUGAUGUCUUCGAUCUUCUCAAGGGUCUGGAUGCAGACAGUCUCCGUGUGGAACCAUUGGGCGAGGACAAUUCUGGGGCCCUCUACUGGUAUUUUUAUGGAACACGAAUGUACAAGGAGGACCCCGUGCAAGGAAAAUCCAAUGGCGAGCUCUCUUUGAGCAGGGAAAGCGAAGGACAAAAAAAUGUGUCAGGUGUUCCUGGGAAAACAGGAAAAAGAAGAGGAAGACCCCCAAAACGGAAAAAACUGCAGGAGGAAAUGAUAGUGAGUGAAAAGCAGGAAGAAAACUACUUGGCAUCGGAGCCACAGACAAGAAAUGGGUCACAGGGGCCAGGCCAAGGCUCAUGGUGGCUUCUGUGCCAGACAGAGCAAGAGUGGAGGCAGGUCACCGAGAGCUUUCGGGAGAGGACCUCAAUGCGGGAGCGGCAGCUGUACAAGCUCCUCAGCGAGGACUUCCUGCCCGAGAUCUGCAACAUGAUCGCCCAGAAGGAGACUCCUGUGCUCAACAAGAUGGAGAAGCAGAAGCGCAGGGAGGAGGAGGAAGAACGGCAGAUCCUGCUGGCUGUGCAGAAGAAGGAGCAGGAGCAGCUGCUGAAGGAGGAGCGGAAGCGGGAGCUGGCAGAGAGGGUCAAGGCAGUGGAAGAUCGAGCCAAGAGGAGGAAACUCCGGGAAGAGCGGGCCUGGCUGCUGGCUCAGGGGAAGACACUGCCGCCUGAGCUCUCCCACCUGGACCCUCCGUCGCCACUUCGGGAAGAGAAGAGGACCAAGGACCCCUUUGAGCUGGACGACGACUUCACUGCCAUGUACAAAGUUCUGGAUGUGGUUAAGGCUCACAAGGAUUCCUGGCCCUUUUUGGAACCUGUGGAUGAAUCAUAUGCCCCUAACUAUUACCAGAUUAUUAAGGUCCCCAUGGACAUUUCAAGCAUGGAAAAGAAACUGAACGGAGGUUUAUACUGCACCAAGGAGGAGUUUGUCAGUGACAUGAAGACCAUGUUCAGGAAUUGUCGCAAAUACAACGGGGAGAGCAGUGAAUACACCAAGAUGUCCGAGAACCUGGAGAGGUGCUUCCACCGGGCCAUGCUCAAGCAUUUUCCUGGUGAAGAUGGGGACACAGACGAAGAGUUCUGGGUCAGAGAGGACGAGAAGCGGGAGAAGAGGCGCAGUCGGGCAGCGCGUGGAGGCGGGAGCCACGUGUGCACACGCUCCAGGGACACUGAGGGGCCCAGCCGGAGACAGCAGCCCGCAGAGAACGGAGGGAAGUCGCUGCCACCUGGGCGCCGAGCUUCCUCCUCUGGGGAUGGUCGAGGUGGUGUCCCCUCGCAGCCCCCUCGUGAGGCGGGUACCUCCAAUGGCCGUGGCUUGCCGGGAGCCCUGCGUUACAGUGGCGCACCUAGUCAUACGCCCCUUUCAAACCAGAUGAGGCCCGCGGUGCAGGGACCGUUCUGUCCCCCCCGAGGGUCAGAUCCUGCGGCUGUGCAUCUCCAUGCUGGACCCCCUGAGCCGCGCCCCGGAGGACCUGGACAGCAGCGGCCUUUAGCAAUGCAGCCUCCAGCUGGAAUGAACCACCACCACGGGCCCGGCCGAGGCGCCCCUGCUGAGGAGCCAGUGGGCGGGGGCCUGGCUCACCUUGCUGAUGUGGGUUCAUGUCCUGGAUCCUUGCAGCUCGGGCAGAUGAGCAGCCCCACUCCGGAUGGACAUGUGUUCCCCCCUACCCACUUCCAGCCAGCGUUUAUUCCUCCCAGGCUCAGUGGGGCUCCGGCCCGACCCCCAGACUUUCCUGAGAGCUCAGAAAUCUCUCCCAGCCAUGUGUACCGGCCCUACAAGUACCUGAACCGAGUACACCCUGCGGUCUGGAAUGGGAACCACGGUGCUGCCAACUCAGGACCCUUGGGGCCAGACGAGAAGACCCCCAUGGGGCCAGGACCCUCACACCAGCCUCGCACGUUGGGUCCCGUGAUGGAUUCCCGGGUGCUGAGGCCACCCCUCCCCCCACACCCAUGGACUGAACAAUCAGGCUUUCUACCUCACGGAGUUCCUUCUCCCGGAUACAUGCGACCACCCUGUAAAUCUGGUGGACAUCGAUUACAGCCACCUCCCGGCCCGGCGGCAGGGUCUCUGUUUGGAGCGCCGGCCCAGGCCCUGCGGGGGGUGCCGAGUGGAGACUCCAUGAUGGACAGCCCGGAGAUGAUCGCCAUGCAGCAGCUCUCCUCCCGCGUGGGCCCACCAGCAGAUCCCGUGCCCGGGCUCGAGGAGAAAGCAGCAGGCGUUGGUGCUUCAGAGGGGAUGUUCCUCAAGCAGCUACCUCACCCCACACCCACCCUGCAGACUGACUGUGCCAGGCGGAGCUCACCGCAGGGCCGGGACCUGGAGGCCCCAGAGCACAGGAAUGAGCCCUCAGAACCUGGAGACGGCUGUAAAGCCAGUGUGGGCAGAACCGCCUGGCCCUCAGGGGGCAGCUUCGCCAGCCCAGUCGCCCAGGGAUGCACCCUGGCAGACCGGGGAGUGCUGUCUGAAAAUGGAGUGAGGGUGGAAGCUGACAGCCAGAGCCGAGCGCUGCAGGAGGCUGUGCUGCCCACGGAGCCUGCCUGCACCCCCCUGUAUGUGCCCGGCCUGGAGUACCCCGGCUCGACUGCACGGUACCACCUGGGCCCAGGCCUGCCAGCAGUGGGCCCCGUGAUGGGCGGCAAGCCCCCGGCCCCGCACCCUCAGCCUUUCCCCCCACGGGCGUUCCAGGCUCCCGACCCUCAUUCUGGAGUCUUCCCCCGAUACCGCCCCCCCCAGGGCAUGCGGUAUCCCUACCAGCACCCCCCGCAGCCGUCCUACCCCCACUAUCAGCGGACUCCCUAUUACCCGUGUCCGCAGGGCUUCUCGGACUGGCCGAGACACGUCCCCCCGCCGGGAAGCCCGGGUGGGCCCCCGCCGGCCCAGCCUGCCCCCGCCAGGCCCCUCUUCUCCGACAAGAGCGCCGCGGCUGGGCUGCGCGGCUGCGAGGCCCUGGGCGCCGCGCUGACCUCCCCGACUCGGGCGGACACCGUGGCGGCCAAGAGCGCGGACGGCCAGAACCCCGGCCCAGAGGAGAAACAGGACGAGUCUGCCGAGAGGCCAGAGAGUCCCAAAGAGUUCCUAGACCUGGACAACCACACCGCGGCUACCAAGCGGCAGAGCUCCUUGUCAGCCGAGUACCUGUACAGGACGCCCCCGGCUCCCCUGAGCUCAGGGAUGGGCUUCGGUCCAGCUGCCUUCCCCCCGCACGGCGUCGUGCUGCCGCCGGGGCCGGCUUACCCACCUCAGCGGCCGGCCAGUCACUUCCAGCCCAGGGCCUUCUCCUCCCCCGCGGCGGCUCCCCCACCGCUCCGCCCAGGGGUGGCCCAGCCCAACGGCCUGUCCCCAGAGUGCCCCCUCUACCGCUGCCCGGAAGAGGGCCUGGGCCACUUUCAGGCUGUGAUGAUGGAACACGUGGGCACUGGGAGUGGAUCGAGGGCGCCUUUCCAGGAGGCGUACAGACCAGCAGGAGUGCAGACGCACCCGGUCCAGCCCCAGCCCUCGUUCCCAAAGACACCAGCAGCUGCGACAAUGCAGGAGGAGCUGCCACCGCAGAAGCCCCCAACGCUUCCUCUUGAUCAGAGCUAGUCCACGGAGGAAACAACCCCAAGGAAACCGAAAGCUGUACAAGAUGAUCGUGGAGAACGAGGGUACCACCCCGCCUGCCUCCCUGUCACCAGCACCGGCACCGCCUCGCGGCCGGAGUCUGGAUGCCCCUCCUCCCUGAGGCGCCGCUCGCCAGGUCCUGGGCGAGAGUGGAGAGCAGAGGGGCUGGACUCUGGCUUUUCCAGACCCCGAGACUCUUGUUCAGGGGAGAUCGUCCUAAACUUGGGGGGGUGCUGGUGAGCUGUCACGGGCAGCUAUGCUCAGGUAUACAUUGGGGAAGGGACUACUCAUUGUCUUGAUGUGUUUGGAGCUGGGUCCAGUUUACAGAGUUUUUCCUGUUGCCUUUAAGAUUUCGCUUUUUGGUGGUGAAUGUAUUGUACAUACAGGAGCAGGUGGGGGUGGAGUCUGGCCUGCGGGCACACAGCCCUGCGUGACCCUCCGCUGUUGACAGCCCUGUCCCGCUCACCCUCGGGGGGCUGGAUGUGAGGGCGGGCUCCUCCCCUCCAGCUGUGGGGGAGGGGGAGGGGCAGCUGCAGCACCUCUUGCCCUGUCCAGGACCGCAUUGCCCUUCCUGCUGGGCCAGCUGCCCUACCAGGUAGUUGUACACCAAGAUCAGGAGCUGGGGUCCCAUGAGAAGGUCAGGGGCUGGGUCCCCAUCACAGCCCUGCUGGGACUGUGGGCCAGAAGGCAUCACACACAGCUUCCUGGCACCAAUCAGUUUGUGGACAUGACUACUCAGGUUUGUAUAUGUUUAGUAUCAAUAAAGAAACUGCACAGUUUUGAAUAGGAAAAAUGUAUUCUAAUAGAUUUUGAGCUUGAAUUUAGGAAUAUUUCAGUAUAUAUAGUUUUAUUCAUUUUAUGUGAAUCAUAGUACAAAUAUGUCAUGGUGAUUUAAAGUAGCUAUCAGGAACAAGUUCUUGGAAAUCACUUGUCUGUGAUAGGAAACAGUUUUACAGUAUUAAAUCACUUUGUUACAGUUUAGAAGAGAACUACAGUGGAUCCCCAUUCAGCACUCUGAUUUUAGCUGAGGUGCCACCAACCUUAGGGCUCUUAUGUUUUAAACUUUUGAAUGUCCCACAAAGGAAAAAAGAGAGAAACAAUUAAGGAAGAUGCCCUGAAAUUACAGAUUUUUUUUUUUUUAAUGGCAUAUUUUUAAGCCUGCUCUUAGGAUAGUAGAAAAGCUUCCGUAAAACAGUGGUGGACCUGUGCUUGUUUCCUCUAAAUUCAGCUGUGUGAGGAGCCAAGUGAACCUUCCCCUCCAGUUCCCACGUCCUUGGUGGAGCUGGAAUACACAUGGGCUCCAGCUCUAAACUGGAGGAUGCUGCCCCCUGGGUGCAAAUGGCUAUGCAGGGUUGAGGGCUAGGAACACAGAAACACAAAUUUUUCUCUUCAACUUGAAAUUUGGUGUGCUUUGAAGUGAAUGAGUUUGGGGGUGGUGUUCUCCUGCAAGCCUAGUUCAGAGACCAGUAAAGGGCUCUAGGCAGUCUGGGUCAGCCUUUGAGCUAGGAGGCUGGGGAGGGGGCGAGGUUGAGCCUUGGCUCCCCCCCCAGCCCCCACCCCACACCUGCAGGGCGAAGUCACCGAGUGAAGCACAGAGUUCAGUCCUGCAGGGUCCCAGCCCUGGGCAGGUAUGUCCCCACUGUCCCCAAGCAGGGCCUCUGCAGGUGCAAAUGCACAAGGCAGCCAGGUGUGAGGGGGUCUGUGAGGGGCCUUCUUGGGACCCCUGCCACCUGUCAGGUGCCUAGGAGGACAGCCAAGUCCAAGGCUCACCUGGUUAGGAACUUUCCCCCAGACCCAGAGACAGAAGUAGAGCCUCUUUGGAAGGUCUCUGGUCUGAGUUUGUUUUUCCCCUCACAUUCUUUUCAUUUAAAAAGUAGCUGUUGAAUAAAAUUUGCUAUUGUUGAACAUAUUGUUUACUAUUGUUGAGGAAAAACUAGGACAAAAUAUGCAGGUCACUGUUCAUAAACUUUUCUUCCAUACCCCCUUUUGAAGGCAAGUGACAUCAAAGCCGAUUUGUCUGGCUCACCUCAUGGGAGACACUUGCACCCGGAGUCAGGGUGUCGUUUCUCAGAGCCCCAGGCAACUGUCUCAACUGUCUCAUGUUUGAAAACCUUAAGACCUUAGCUUGCCGGCCCACAGACCUUGGACACGUCCUUGGGGCUGAGCAUUUGGGUCUCUGUUCCUCGGGUUCAUCUGCUGUGUCAUCAUCACUUAGUUCCUAUGGGUCCAGGAGCGGGCUGUGUGCAUCCAGGACUCCCGAGCAUCACCUCUUAACUUUUCUUUUUGAUGUAAGUUCCAGUCUAUAGCUGCCCUGCUCUCCAGUCAUGGUUUAAAAUCUCAUAGGAAGCCCCCACCCCGCAGCUCCAAGGCGGGGGCCGUCCGUGUCCGAGUGCGCCUGGCUCGGCGCCCCAUCCAGGCUCCCAUGUAAGUCAGGGCCGAGCCCCCGGCUGAGACCUGCCUCCUGCUUGAAGGGUUGCACUCCGUCCCUGGGAUGCUGGGCCUUCCCUGCUCUUUGUCCAUCCCCUGUGAGGCCAGCAUGAGCCUGUCCCCACUGUGCCUCACAGACCUUGGCUGAGCACUGGUUUCCCCCAUCUUGCCCAGACCCCAGGGAUGUCAUCAGAAUGCCUCAAAUCAGCUGAUUGUCCUGUUUCUGGAAAGGGCGGGUGGGUUCAGGAGUGAGUUACUGGAUGCCGCACCCCUCCCCGGAUGGGGGUUGUGCCCAGUCGUCCUGCUGCAGAAGUCUGUGAACUGUCCUGGCCAGUCCUGGAGAGGGGAUGCUAUUUAUUUUUAUAUCGUGUAUAUUUUGUCUGGUCUGCUGAGUCCCUGUCUCACUGAGAGCCACGCUUACCUCAGUAGUUAGUUGCAUACCGUGUGUUGGAUAUUUUUUUUAAAGAACUUUUUAAAAAGCUUUUUGAUCCUUGGAGGUCUGUAGAUUUAUUUCCAUAUGAACUGGUUAUUUUGUAUAAAGUACAUUCUAAAAUAGCAAGGCUCUGAUAAGUGUGAGUUGUGUGUGUCCUGUGUCACUUUUAUCCUAUCAUGGGGCCAUCUCCCAUCAGAACAAAUGUAUGAAUUAGGACCCAAUGCCCUCUCCUGAAACGGCAGUCCCAUCUCAGCCCCCUUGGUUCCUGGGGGCCAGGCAGGGUACUGAUGGGGCUGUGGGGCGGGCUCUGUAGACAUCCUGGCUAGCCAGUGGGUUCAGGCAGUAUAGGAUCAAAUCCUCUCCUUAGCUGGGCCUGUCCACACCCAUCUCCUGUGUCCAGCCCAGAGCCCUCCUCCCCUCCCCAGGCCUUGGUACAUAUACCGUCCCAGACAUAUGUGUUACACAUGGGUUUUGAUCUCCCCAAACCCAGAUUGGGGCUGCAGGUCAAGUGUGCAGCUGGGACAGCACCAGCCUGGAGCCCUGUGAGUUGCAGCAGCCAGAAGUAGGGGCUACAGGUCUGAGUAGUACUUGCCUCCUUGCUCAGUGCUUGAGAAGGGGAGAAUGGAGAGAAAGUUGCCACCUUAUUAUCACUUAGCUACAUCCUAAGACAUAAAAUUCCUGCCCUAUCUUAUCCAAAAUAACUGUUUCUCAGAAAUCCUACCACAAAUAGUCCUGGUCUCUAAAUGUGCUCUCCCCUAGGUUUACCACUUUCUGGGUUGUCACCAUCGUGACUUCCAAUUGUCAGAUUGUCACCAUUGAUAUAUUAUUGCUGUAUCAGCUAACAUGUUUGUGACCAGUUGUUACUGUUUGAAAACUGUUCACAGUGCAAUCAAUUCCCCAUAAAAAGCAUUUUUCCCCAUAAAACAUCAAUCACAUUUUCUGUUUACUUGGAUUUCCAUGUUUCUUGCAACAAAAAAAUGAAAUUUAAACUGAAAGCUGUUAGUCUAGAAUUUGACAUUAUGUCUCAUUUAGUCCUCUUGUCCCUUUUGCCCCAGAGCGACACGUGGUCGGGCCCUAGCCUGGCACCCUGUGUAGUCGUGACAUGUUGCUGGACCUAAGCAAACCAGCAUCACAUCCUGAAUAAAUGUAGACUUUGAUUUCUAACCUUGAUUCCCAACUGGAACGCCUCCUACUGUGACAGAAUUCCCACACAAAGGCCAGAACAUUGUGACAGUUUUAACCAGUGAUUGAAUUAUUUUAGGAGGAACUUGGCUCUUAGCUGAGUACCCUUUAGGGUGUUGCCCAGAUUUACUUCCUUGAGAUCAAAACAGUGUCUUCCACUGGUCAACUCUGUUUCCAAACCCAGCAUGGAGGGUGGUGUUAAAUCUAGCAGUGUUACUGUUUGGCAUUUGCACUUGUUAAGCCCCAAGCACCAUGCAUGACACCAGCGGUAUCCUCCUGUGAGCUGCUUGCCUCAGACUGCAGCAUGAAGAGAAAUUGGGAAGGUCAAGGGACAGAAGCCAGCUUUGACUUACCAGUGCACCCCAGUCUCGGAAUUCUAAUGGGACUUUCUUUUCUUCUUUCCCGGGCCAGGGAUCAAACCCGAGCCACAGCAAUGACCCGAGCUGCUGCACUGACAACGCGGGAUCCUUAACCCACUGUGCCACAAGGGAACUCCUGGUGAAAUUUCCCAUUUUGACAUUUGGAAACAUCCAAAGAUCUUCUCCUGUUAAACAGUAAUGUCUUUUUGUCCCUAAAGCUAUCCCUGUCAUUGGGAGGAAAGGUGUCUUAAUUAAUGUUAUAAAUGCAUAGCAUGGUUUUUCCUUUGAGUUUUUAAGUCCCCUUUCUGCUACACCAAGGCUCACUUCUCUAGGAGCUUCCUUAGGCAAUUUUAGCAAAAAUAAUCAGUGCAAGAUGGGAAAUACUUGGCCAAGAAGGCAGCUGGAAAAGCCCUGGAUUUGGCUGUUGCGUGCUGGGUACCCCACCCCUUUGCAUCCCGAGAAGCCGUCCGGCUUCAGGAAGCUUAGGUUUGAUCCCCAUUCCGGACAGCAAAUGGCAAGACAGAGUGGCUGCUCUAGCCAGUUAAGGCUGGAUGUGUUAUGGUAUUUUUUUGUUUUUAAUUUUAUGGCCGUAUAAGAGGCAUAUAGAAGUUGUUGGGCUAGGGAUUGAAUUCAAGCCACAGCUGCAACUUGUGGCAAUGCCAGAUCCUAACCCACUGUGCCACAGGGGGAACUUCUGGAUGUUAUGUUUUAAAGCCCUGGAAUUGGUCCCUUGGGAUGUAUGCAAGGCUUAUGCUUUAGGAAGGAAUUGAGUUGGCAGUGGGAGGUGAGGACGCAUCCCAGCCCCAGGAACUGAGACGAAAACGAACGGACUCAUAUCGAGGUCUGGGUAAGUGUUUAUUAAAUGCCUUCUAGGUGCCUGGUGUUCACAUUGUUAGUAACAGGGUGGAAGGAAAAAUAGUCCACAAGGAGAGAAACAGUGCAGAAAAGCUAUGCAGAAGCCAAGUGCAGGCUGACCUGAUGGGGGAAGGAGUGUACCCUCCCUGGGGCGGCCCUGUGGCCCAAGGGCAGGGACCUCGUUUCAAGGCUGGUUUUCUUUGAGCCGUUGUUCGGUCUUGAGUUCCUCUCCCCCUCACCCCAGCUGCCCUCACUAGGCUGAACUAAAGCGAUGCUGACAGAAGGCAGACACCACUCCAAGCAGAGAGCCCAGGGUGCCCCGGGCCUUGGGGGAGGUGCCCCAGUGCAGUGUUCCCGAGUGCCUCUGGACAGCAGCCUCUCCUGGGGACUUGUUAGUGCAGAUGCUGGCUCCCGGCCCAGGCUCCCUGGGUCAAAGUGAGGCAGCUCUCGGGGGUUUCCUGAUGCAGGCGGGAGUUUGGGGGCACCAGCCCCGAGGUACACUGACUUGAGCUGGUCACACAUUCUGCUCAUCACCCCACUCUUGUUGGCGUGGACUAAGGCCACACGCACCUUCCUCAGGCUUGUGGAGAGACGGGGGCUGCGGACGGCGCAGAAUUGAGGAGCUCCCUCACUGCCCAUCUGCCCUGGCCUCCUGACACCCGCCUCUGUGCCACAACCACAGCUGCGGUUGCCGAUCUGGGCUGCUCAUCAGAGGUCUGAAAACCUGAACUUUAAAGAAGUCAGAUGUCUGGGUGCUGGGAUCUUUCAGAGCUUUGCUGUUAACAGCUGUACAAUCAGCACUGCAGGCCACACUCUCCAAACUCGCAGCUCCUGUUGCACACGAAUUAUCAGGGGAUCUUGUUUAGAGGAGACCUCCCCAGGUGGGUGGUGUUGAGGCCCAUGUUGAGUGAGUGCUGGCUGUGACCCGUCCCCUCUUCCCCACCUGCUCUUCGAACAUCCUCUGACUUCCGUGUGCUUUUCCAAAUUUUCAUUUUUUCUUUUUUUUUUUUUGGUAGCAGCCA